AUGCCCGCUCAUCGCCGCUACUCGAGCGUAUCAUCCUCGUCGUCUCGUGCCUUCAGCGAGCCGAGUGAUGGCGGCACCAGCAGCGUCAAUGAUAGCAACUCUUACUACUCCGAAGGAUCCGGCUCCUACCGCUCCGUGUCGUCCGUGUUGGCCUCUCGGUCCGGGGCGAAGACCACCGCAGCCACGACAGCCAGCUCCACCUCAGCCGUCGACUCGUCGUCCACAAAUACAUUCUCAGAUGUGCUGACAACAUCGUCGGCGUACUCGCACUCCUCAGCACCGCCCAGGCGCGCAGUGACCCGCCCCGCUGCCUCCAGAUCCGAGGCCGUUGGGCACAAAACUACCAAAGGUGCCAGUGGCGUCGUCGUCGCCGACCACAAUAACACGGGGGUAGGGGAGACGCUGGCGCAGCGGACAGCCUCCACUUUCACGGCGCCCACCACCGCCAGCAGUGUCACUGUGGACGGCACCGACGGGCUCGUGCGUGCGCCGCAGUCGCUGAUGCUGCAAGCGGCACUCGCACCCGUCUCCAACCGCACCGCGAACGUCGCCAGGGUGAAGCCUUGCAACGUCUCUGAGGAAGAGCUGGUGCACCACCCAUGGGCACCGGUGGACUGCGACACGACCGUGGACGCGAGCAAGGAGGGCGGCGAUCGCGGUGGGUUGGCGCUCAAUGUGUUGGACACGAUCCACACGGUCCCGAUAGCGGUGCCGCUGCCGCCAGAGGAGGCGCCGCGACGCCGCGAAGAGGGCAGCCCGACCUACCCGAGCCGUCUGGCGUUCCGCGUUGUGCCCAGCUCGUCACCAUUGCGCCACAGCGACAGCGCUGUGACGGAGGACAAGGACGGCACGGGAAACGGCGGCGGGGGAGCGGCGUUGGGAGCCGACGGCGCCACCGCCCCACGUGCGCGCAAGACCUCCAUCGCCUGCUGCUGCUGCUGCUGCCUCCAUGGUUGCGGUGAAAAGGCUCCGUGCAACACGAAACGUUACACGGCGACGCGGCAGAAGCCUCACCAUCCCCUGCGCAGCCAUCACGUGCCACUGGUGAGCUUCCGCACGACGCGUGAGCAUGGGAUUCCGAUGGAGGGCGUACAAAACGUGUUGCCGAGCGUCGAGGAAGCUGCCCGCUACCAAAACCUCAAAGUCGACAUGAUGGGCACAGAGGAGUUCCCGAAGCUGAUGCGGAAGGCAAUACAGCCACGGGAUCGACUUGCCGGCGGCUUGCGCCUUGAAAAGUCGUACGCCUUUGGCCACGGAGCUGGCGGAGGGCGGGGCGGGGCCGGGCAGUCUGCCUUUGUGCGCGACGGCGAUCCGCAGGGCUUCUGGAUCGCGCAUCUGCACAGGUGCGCAAUCGUGCGCCUCGAGCCUAUCGGGGCUGAGUGA